UUGCAUUUCCAUGUUCUGUGUACUGUGGGAGACUAGAUGCAGGGUCCGAGGAGACCAGAUAUAGUGAAUGCAGGGUCCAGGGAGAGCGGAUAUAGUGAAUGCAGGGUCCCGGAAGACCAGAUAUAGUGAAUGCAGGGUUCCGGGGAGACCAGAUAUAGAGAAUGCAGGGUCCAGGGAGACCAGAGAAUGCAGGGUUCAGAUAUAGUGAAUGCAGGGGUCCGGAGAGAGCGGAUAUAGUGAAUGCAGGGUCCGGGGGAGAGCGGAUAUAGUGAAUGCAGGGUCCAGGAAGACCAGAUAUAGUGAGUGCAGGGUCCGGGAGAGAGCGGAUAUAGUGAAUGCGGGGUCCGGGGAGAGCGGAUAUAGUGAAUGCAGGGUCUGG